GCAAGGCAGGAGCGAGUUGCGGGCCUUGCGCGACUAUUUUUAUACCUCCAGCACGGCUCACCGUGUCAAGCCAGCCAAAGACUGGAGCUGAUGUGUGAGUGGAGCUGCCAUUGGGAGAUACUCUCAAACUCCGCAGCAUUCCUCAGACCUGGGAUGUACGACUACAGUCUGGAGAGUUGAACUCGUUUCUUUUUCUCACCGGUCGUCUGCAAAAAGGUGCGAAGCAAGGACGGAUGCUACAAUGUCAACAUGUUUUGAUCGCACGUAAAGGAACACCAGACUCAACUUAACCACCUGCAAUGAGUUCCGUGGGGCAGGAGAAUGGGUCCGAGUCUCCAGGACCGCAAAAGUCCACGCGCUUCGGGAAGCGCAAGCAGAAGCGGGGCAAGAGGGCGCGUUCCGACGGAUUCGUCCUGGGGUGGUGGACAUCGUGCUCUCGGAUGAAGAAGGCGGUCCAUCAGCGGACAUGCGCAGAGGUAGCCUGGGGCCCGACCCGGGCGCCCUGAACUUUCUGUUGUGGAUCCGCAACCCCACCCUGCAGAACCUGUCCAACCUGCGCAAGGCCAUCAUGUCAAACGACCGCGAUUGGAUGAAGGAGUUCCUGGAGUUCGACGGUCUUGGGCUGCUCUUCCAGUGUCUGAACAACCUCAGCAGCUACCACUCCAGGCACCUGACGGACAUGGUGCUACGCAUGGAGUGCGUUAGCUGCAUCCGCGAGGUCGUCAACUCGCAGAUCGGCCUCGACUGUCUGCUCAAACUCAAAGACAGGACGGACAAUCUAUUUGGCAGGAGAUUUGCUUCAGCUUUAGGUACAGAUAACAUGAUGGUAAAGAUGCAGAUUUUCGAGUUGUUGUCGGCGCUCUGUGUCUACUCUAGAGACGGCUACUACCUCACGCUUGAUGCCUUGGAGAAGUACAAGACGUGGCAAAAGCAACCCUACCGCUUCAGCUUGCUGGUGAGAGAACUGGAGAAAGCCGACCUGCCGUCUUACCGCACUGCCGUCAUGGCGCUCAUCAACGCCGUCAUCGUGGCCAACGAGAACAUCCGAGACAGAGCGAGAAUUCGCAAUGAGUUCAUUGCCCUGGGCAUCCAGGAAAUCAUCAACGCGGUGCGCUAUGACGAGGACCGUUGUCUUCAGGUGCAACUCGAUGUCUUCGACGAAGAGCUGAGCGCCGACGCAGAUGCCUUAGACGAGCUGAGUCGAGAAUCCGUGGACGUGUCACGACCUGAAGACAUUUUUGCCGCCCUGUAUAAGAAAGUGAGAGAAACUCCACUAGUCUCGUCUCUUCUGGGAAUCCUGUACAAUCUUUAUCAAAUUGACACUACGGGUUUGCACAGUGAAAGUCUAUGGAAUCUGCUGGAACGACUGACGAGCCAGGCGGUGGAGAAUAUUCUGGAAGCUGAGAAGAUGUGUGCGAAGACGAAGCUGUCAGUAAGGGAGGAUAAAGCGGUGCAGGCCGGGGAGUCGGACCUCAGAUCCUCCAGUUCGAGGCUCUUGAGGCGGUCGGGAGGAUUCAGUGGCAAAACCGGAGGACAUGGAUCAGAUGAUGUCGGUGUAAAGUCUUCAGAAAACGCUGAUAAUGCAGCAAACAUGCUGAUGCCCCCUCCAGCACCACCGCCACCACCGUCUCCAGGGUUGGGAGCAGCUCCUCCACCUCCUCCGCCUCCUCCACCUCCAUCACCAGGCGGUACCUCCACCUCCACCUCCUCCACUUCUGGGAGGCCCGACCACCCUCUGUCCACCCCCACCACCCCCACCGCCCCUCUCACCCGGAGCCCCGCCUCCUCCUCUUCCUCCUCCCUCACCUGGCGUGCAGCUGCGGCACGUGAUGCCUCAGCAGCCGGAAGUCAAGCCCAUCAAAACUCCCUCCCCGUCUGUCAAGAUGAAGACGUUCACCUGGAACAAGAUCCCUCCGACAGCAGUCCGACAAAACAGCGUGUGGGGAGAGGUGAACACUAUGCCCACAGUGUGUCUGUGGAGUACCGGAAGCUGGAAGAGUUGUUUGCCCAAAAGUCUUCACACGACAGCGAAGAUAAACAUGAAGAAAACAAAGUUCUGAAGAGACAGUCAGCAUUUGUUGAGGUGACCCUGCUGGACGCCAAACGUAGCAUGAACAUCAACAUCUUCUUGAAGCAGUUCCGCAAAACCAACGAGGAGAUCGUUGACCUCAUCAGGAAGGGAGAUCACCGCGCCUUCGGCGUGGAGAAAAUCAAAGGACUCGUCAAGCUUCUACCGCAGCAAGAUGAGGUUGAGCUUAUUCAGAACUACGAAGGGGACCCUGAGAAGCUGGGUAGCGCAGAGAAGUUUUUCCAGACUCUGAUGCAACUUCCGGCCUAUCCCAUAAGGCUGGACGCCAUGCUUCUGCGUGCAGACUUACCCUCUCAGCUCUUCUCCAUUCGUCCGCACAUUUCUCUUGUAAAUAGCCUCUGCAGGCGUCUCUAUGACAACGCAUCGUUGAAAAAGUUCCUUCGAUUGGUGCUACACGCUGGAAACUUCAUUAACAAGGGCAGCAGUGCAGGUGAGGCAUGCGCGUUCCGCAUCAGCUCCCUCAACAAACUGGUGAUGACCAAGUCCAACAACCCGCGCCUGACGUUGCUGCACGUGCUGGUGGAGGAGGCGCAGCGCAAGGACCAGAGGGCGCUGGCGUUUGUAGACGACCUCCUCGAAGAUCUUCAGAAGGCAUCAAGAUCGUCAACAGAAGGUGUGAAAUCCGAGUUCACUCAAGUCAAAAACAACGUGCGCAAACUGCAGCGACAACUGGAGAACGUCGACGAGGAGAUCAAGAACCAAUUCAAGAGCUUCCUGGAGGAGGCGGAGGGGAUAUUGGCGACGUGGAGGAAGGGUUUGAGCGCCUGACAACACAGUGCAAACGACUGGCCACACACUUUUGUGAGAGUGAGACCAGCUUCAACAUAGAUGAAUUCCUCGACUCGUUCAGAGAAUUCUGCGAGAAGGUCAAGGCUUGUGAACAGGAACUGGAGUCUUGGAAGCAGCAGGCUGAGAAGGCUGACAUGAGGCGUAAAGUUCAAGAACAGCUGAUGGAAAAGAGGAAAAGUGUCAGCAAGAACGGUCAGUCGCAGGAUCAAACGCAAGGGCAAGGUCGGGACAGUAAGAUCGUUGACAACCUGGUCAGCGAAAUAAAAAGAGGAAACGUCCUCCGCCGUCUGUCCAUGAAGCGCAAGACGAACGGACUGACGAAAAACACCGAAAGUGUUCGUUUGUAGCAUCUGUGCUCGUGGAGACUUGGUGCCUUGGGGUUACACUUUGUUAAUUUGUAGACUAGUAGUUAAGCUUUGUUACCACAAAAUUGUAUCUGGAUCCCCAGUUUCCCCAACUUCCUGUUUUUGAUCAUUCCUCAUUUUCUAAACUGUUUGUCUUGUGGGUACAUUAUUUUGAAAAUCUACUGAGGAAAAUCUACUUCAAGACACGUUAGUUUGUUUUCUCGAAUAUUCGUUCCAACGGGCACUUUGAUUUUGCUGAUUUCAUGUUCUAACAUGUGCACGUUCCCUAUACAUGACAACCGAAACGUUGUUUGCAUCCUGCCGCUUCCAGAGGCUUCAGUGCAGGGCAAAGUGCAAUUCUGCUGCAGCAGGGAAGGCAAGAUAAUAUCUUAAGUUCACAGAUCUCGUGAGUUAGUUUCUUAUGUAUUUUUGUUUGUUAAUGAUACUUUUGAUGAAAAUGUUCAUCUUUCCUCGAGAAAAAAAAUCGUAAUAAUCAAAGCACAAAAACCACAGGAAAUUCUGAAUCCAGCAACAAGGUACGGAACAUGUCUGAUACCGACUUCAUCACAACAGGUGUCACUGCGGUGUGAAUCAAACUGACAAUAAGGACAGGGACAACCUGGUCAGUAUUGUAUCAGGCAGGUUUAGCAGAAUCAGUAGCAUUGACUAUGUCAUGGCACCCUUGGGUCUACAGUAUGUCUAUGUUCAUACUGAAUAUUCACGCUGCCGAACCCACGACACCUGCCUUGACUAUAUUCACAGGGGCUGUGUAGCAAGCGUCGAGACAAAGCUUAUAAACAUCACAACAAGACUAUAAAUAUUUGUUAUCAGCUGCCUGUCCCCAGGCUUUAGAAGAUGUCCGUUUCGGGACUGAGAUGAAGACAGCAACUGUUCCACUCAUUACUUUGAGUUAUUUUCACAAAGCUUUAGGACAACUGUAGGUCUUCAGGGUCAGCAGCCAUACUUUACAAGGGCAUGUAACUCUUGACAGAUGAGUGAGCAGCUUUGUGCGAGUUAAUUCGAGGUUCCAGCCUUUUAACCUUUCGCAGCUAACGGUAGUUUGUUGUUUUUCAUGCAUGUAAUGGGAGCUACAGCAGUUACACACUAAUCAGAGGUAGGUGUAAUUAGAGCGAGUGCAGUCUCCACAGUUUUUGUGUAUUACACACUUGAUGCUGUAACUCGCGUGGUUGUAACGGUUUUGCCAUAGCACGGCUGUUUAAAGGAGAAUCACGUGACCUGGUAAAAUUAUCAGUAGCGGCCAUGGCUUAGCUUUAAUGGUUACUGAAAACCAGAGAAGCCAAGUAAUAUGUGCAUAGAUUAAGAACUAUCUUUAGCUGCGAUCCCUUCUAUAGCCGUAUUAAGUCGGAGAAGUGUAAAGAAUAUUUUUUUUUAAACAAACUUGUCGAAAGACAGCCAGGGGAAACAUAUACAAGUAUUCUUUACUACUAUACCAAAAGAACUUUUGCACGAGUAGCACAUGGUGCGAGAGAGAGUGUGUGUGUUUGUGUCAAAUACGUUGCUAAUGAGGUGAAGGAAAUGAAGUGUAGAAGACCACUUGCAUUUUGAAAAACAGACUUCAUGUCCGUCCAACGGAGGAAGUUAACAAACACAACGCGCUGUUGUGAUGUUUGCAGGUCUGCGAAUUUUAUUGAUAAUUUUGAACACGAAAUAUAUUUUAAUACAUUUUGGGUUAUAUUGUUACUUCCCAACUUUAGUCUAUAGGCAGAUACUGCAAUAUUAUUCACUGACAAAAUGUUUUUACAAAAAGAAGUGUCUGUAUGUGUAUUUAUAAGGGUGCGUUCCGACUAAGGAAACGAUUUAAAGCACUAAAAGGCUAUUUGUUGUAUAUCUCUGCUCUGUUAUAACUUAGAGUGGCGACUGGAAAGUUGGACAGCACGUGUAAAAGGAAGCGACAACAAAACGGUCACGUGAUACAAGUUUUAAAAAGAGAGAAAAAUUCAAGGUUGUUGACUGACAACAAUUCACAGGCAGUUGAGCAGAGUCGUGUCUGUCACGCUUCAAUGCACACAGAGGCGAUGAUCCCGAACGAAACUAAGUCGUGAUAUGAUAAACGAUUAUUGGAUUAUGGAAGGUAUUUUACCAUGAGAUUUUAAACCAACCAGUCUUUUGCACGCGGGACAUCGAAUCAGCGAUGACUUACAUGCGGACGUAUAAUAAGCACACCACGGACGCUGCGAUUGAUCACGUGACUAGCUUUGCGUCGCCCUCGAUUUUAUGGACACAGGCAACAAAGCUAUGCAUGUUAACUGACAGUUUACUUGUAUUUAGUAUUUGUUAAUCAAGUAUACUUUUAUCAGACCGCUUUCAAAGAUUAAAAUUCCUGCUGAAGUUCAAUGGCGUAAAUAUGUUGACAAUGAUUUGUCGAACUGUUCAUACUAACUGAUUAGUUAACUGCCAUAAAGUAGUGCUCUAGUCAAUACAAAUUUCUUCAUGGAUAAAACGUUCCUGUUAUAAUUUGUACGUUAUCUGCCAUGUCUUCCAGAAUUUUAACGUGAUGCAUUCAAACUGUAAAAUAACUGUACAAAUUUUUAUAGUUUUUUAUUUGUGUAUUUGAUGUUUUGAGAAUCUGAAUUAAACGAUCUUGUUUGAA